UCCUCUGCGAUUGACACGCAGAUACUGGAGGUAGUCAGGUAAAAGUGAUAAGAUACAUUAUCACGAAAAGUUGAGUCUAAGGCAUAAUUCUUUCUCGAAAUUCAAUGGUGUAAGGAAUGGGAUCCUUAAAAUCGCUAUUUCAAGACAAUAUCGCUAAGAUAACCAUAGACGAUUUUGGGCUUGUAGGUACCAUUAUAAAAAUGAGUCGCCGGAACAUUGGCAUUGGAUGGUCAGCCGAACUUUGAAAAUAAUGAUGGCUCUCCAACCGAGACAAAAUUAAAUUCAAGUGCUGAGGCUUGUGUUUACGUAGAAGAUAACAAAUGAGGCCGCACUAAAAACCAUCACUGAGUUCGAAGGCGAGAAAGAGGAAUGGCUGUGAACUCUACAUCAUGUGAAAAGCAAACGAGUGGUCAGGACAUCUUCUGUGCGAUUCGCCUUUAUGGAUUGCAACAAAAGAUAUUCAUCGUUAUAUUAAUUAUCAUUAUUUCUAUCACUGCUGUCGUAGGUAACGUUUUAAUAAUUGUUGCGCUAAAAAGGGUAUUUUCCCUUCAUCCACCGUCAAAAAUUCUCUUCCGCUGCCUUGCAAGUACUGAUCUUGGUGUUGGCCUUCUUGCAGGGCCGCUUUUCGUUAGCUUUUUAACGUCUCAAGGGCACACUGGAGCUUGCGUAAGUCUUAAAACCAUUUUUUACUGUACCGCUGCAUUAAUGGGGGUAGUAUCGAUGUUAACAUUGACAACAAUAAGUGCGGACAGACUUCUAGCUCUGUCACUGCGGCUUCGAUACCGACAGGAAGUGACUACGAGACGAGUACGGGCUAUAAUGGUCUUCUUCUGGCUUUUUAGCUCCGUAAUUGCAACGACGCUCAUUUACAGCUCACUCCUGACCCGGAUGAGCAUUUUUAUAACUGAGCUUCUCUGUGUGGCCGUCUCAACUUUCUGUUUCGUGAAAAUCUACGUGAAACUUCGCCAACAUCAAAUGCAAAUACACGUGCAAAAGCAAGUUCACCAAGACCAGGCCUUCAACAUUGCCCGAUACAAAAAGAUAGUUUCGGGAUUAGUGUGGGUACAAAUAACACUGAUAGGUUGUUAUGUACCACAUGCAGCAAUUCAAACUAUAUAUGUUUUUAGAAAAACUACUUCGCCAUCUUUAGACUUGAUGUGGGAUGUAACCAUAGCAAUGGUUUUCCUUAACUCAGCUGCGAAUCCUUGCCUUUACUGUUGGAAAGUCAGUGAAGUAAGACAAGCCGUGAAGGAAACAAUCAGAGGGUUUUUUUGCUGAGUCAUUUAUAAAAGAUAUGGAAUCCAGAGGAAUUGAUGAUGUCCUGCCGCAAAGGGGUAUUUUACGAUGAAAUGAAAAGUAAACCUGGGUGGCAUAGCUUGUACUAAAGCACCUUCUGUGAUUGGUCGAAAAUUUUGCUCUACCCUCUCAACUAGUCAUAUGUCAAACAUUUUGCUUGUUUUUAGUGUGUACUAGUGUUGGUUCCUUGCAAUGAUUUCCCAUGCUGCGAAUGACAAAUGCAAUGUUGUCAUCUCUUACAUUUAUUUUUAUUGUCAUGAAAAAGAGGUUGGAUGUUUUUUAGGAGAAAGUACUCGACUUACUGUUUCCAUUUUCUCAAUUCAUAUUCGAGAAAAAAAAUGGAGCGAAAUUCAAUGAGUUAGAGAGAGUAUGAUAUUCGCUAUUUUAUUGA